UGCGAAGUGCAUAGAAGAGGGACUGAUAGACAAUCGUGAAGAGGUGUUCUGUAAGAGCUGCAGGUACACCUACUCUCUUCGUCUGGUGAACAUGAUGCAAACAAACCUUGAUACUGGAACCAAGAGGAGGAUGAGGAAACGACCGGUAUUCAGAUCUUCUGCCUCACUGACAUCAAAGCUCUGGACACUCUCCAGUUGCGCCAAUACAACUACACCCUCCGUAUAUCAACUCCGUUCUCCAAACUCAGCCGCACAGUCUAACAAGCACACGACCGUUGGAAGUGUGUACCCCGAAUCCUGGCAGAUAACGGACACCUCACUCAUUUACGAGGAGAUCCCGCUGACAUGUGCGGACAGAGAAUACCCGGCUGUGUGCAGUUACUUCCACAAGACGAUGCCGGAGCACCAAUAUAUCAUCCACCAGAUCUCCCGGGUACAGAACUACUUCCAGUGGGAGAAAUAUUUCAGGAAGAGAGCGUAUAUGUCUCGGAGUCCUGGCGGCACAGGGAAAAGCACUUUGGAGCGACAUCUUUUCCACGGCACAAAGGCAGUCAAUGUAGAGGCCAUCUGUAAGCAGAACUUUGACAACCGUGUGUUCCGUGUCACUGCGUAUGGUAAAGGCAGCUACUUCGCCAGGGACGCCUGCUAUUCUCAUCACUAUUCUCAUGCCAAUGCAGAUGGCUACCGCUUCAUGUUCCUCGCCAAGGUGCUACUGGGACGUCCUACUGUGGGCCAACCUUCGUAUGUUCGUCCACCACCAAUAAGCGCCAAGGACCCCGCAAGUCUCCUCUAUGACUCUUGUGUGAACCAAUUCCAAAACCCAGACGUAUUUGUUGUGUUCGAUAAUGACCAGUUCUACCCUUACUUUCUCAUCCAAUAUCAAAGUAUGUGAAGGUCUUGGUUCUACUGGAUUAGGGACUCUUGUUCCUAUUGCUGUUCCAUUUUUGUACAUUUAUACAUUGCAGGAUACUUUCCUACAAUAACCAUAUCAGACAUGUAGCGUCCUGCAGCCGAAUGGCAUCUGUCACUAUCAUUCUGUCUCUUUCUCUUUAUCUGCAAUGGAUGAAGCUAUGUAUAUUGUGAGCAGUCCACAAGUGCCUAGGACAAAUAUUCCAAUACUGUUGUGCACCGUGUUUGCAAAUUAGCCUUUUGUAGAAUUUACCGUCCAUGCAUAGAGCUGAAAUGAUGGCGGUCAGUCACUCGGUUGUGUGGUGCGGUUGGGGUGGAUCAUGAAGCACAAAAAAACUAAUUUGGUGGAGAAAUUGGAGAAAUAUUGUAGAGACACAUGGAAUGAGAGGGUUAUUUCAUCUUGUUGGGCAUGGCUGGGAUCAUACAGACACAAUCCUGCAUUGUUGCACUUUGCUUUGAUAUCUAGGUUAAUUAAUUACAGCCAUUUAUCUUCAAGGUAACUGAGAGGGGGAGGCGGUGGGUACUACUAAUCUAGGCCUGGCCUUGCUGGAGUGGUCGCAGCAUAUGGCCCAUGUCAGUUGCUGAUCAGCACCGCUCAUAUUAUUUUUUCAAAAAAUUCCAGAGGGGGCAUGGCCACGCCCCCUUGUGUCAUCCUGGCGACAUACCUCUGCUCCCCCCUUCCCCCCACAUACACACACACAUAAUUAUAAUCAUUGAUUGUGAUACUUUAAAUAUUGUAGAGACACAUGGAAUGAGAGGGUUAUUUCAUCUUGUUGGGCAUGGCUGGGAUCAUACAGACACAAUCCUGCAUUGUUGCACUUUGCUUUGAUAUCUAGGUUAAUUAAUUACAGCCAUUUAUCUUCAAGGUAGCUGAGAGGGGGAGGCGGUG